CUAUUAAGCGGAUAAGUCGCAUCCGACCGGUUAAAAAUAAUCAUAAUAUCAGUAGAAAAUAAGUGCAACGUAAUGAUGUGAUAUUCAAUACACAAACAAAUGGCAACAGCAGCAAAAACAGUUCAACAAAAAUAUAAUAUCUAUGGUUUAUAAUUGCGCACAGUAAACAACACAGAAAAUCAGUUAGAUCUUAAAUCGAAAAGGAGAGCUACGUGCGGUUCGAUAAGGAAGUAUGGGAAAUCCAAAAAAAAAAUUCAGCUAGACUGUAAAUAAAAUAUAUUAAUAACACACGUGUAAACAAUUUAAUCUAUAAUUAGGAGAAACAACCGAUUUAAUGAUUGAAUUCUACGGUAAUAAUUCUAGAACAAAUAACAAAUUAGAAUGAAAAACAGCUUUAAAAAAAAGUACUACUAUUACAGAAUAAAUAAUUCUAAUUAUUAUUAUACUAACAAUAAUUGGUAAAUAUAAAAACAAUUGUGUAAGUGAAAUACCCUAUUACUGAUAUACCCUAAAACUCAAGGUUUACGGUCAGAAGUCUAAUCUCUGACAAAUUUGCACAACAAACCCCGAUUGCCAUGCAAAUAUUGAAAAUUUAAUCUAUUGAUAGGCUGCCUUUGGCGGUUAAAUUUUGAAUUUCGAAAGCUUAGUGGUAAAAAUUCGCGAAAGCAUAAAAGCUUUGAACCCAACACCCCUUAAAUCGAAGGGAAAACACAUUUAACAUCGCGGGAGAGAAGGCGAGUGCGCAGACUAAAAAUGAGCGCCACAGAGGCACCCACCGGAAAUGUGGCACAAAGACGCGGCAGUCGAACUAGUGAACACAGUGAGAACAGCGCUUCCGGUGAUGCUAGGGAGCAUCAUCGGGACGAGGGGCAGAGACGCACCCCCUGCCAGUGGGCGUGGCACGUGGUCAAAUCGACCUCCGUGGAGCCCACAAUGUUCCUGUACAUGUCCGCCUUCAUGAUCACCUCGGUGGUGGAGCAGAACUUCUUCCUGUACAAGUCCUGUCGCGUGAACAACAAUUUCACGGAGGAGAUCUGCCGGAAUCUCAACAAGGCGGAGAACGAGGACUACUGGCGAAAGUCAACAUCAACCAAUGCCCGGUUCCUCCAGUGGGAGAGCAUCUCCGCCCACGUUUUCACCAUUAUUUUGGCCCUUUUUUUGGGCUCCUUCUCCGAUCGUCGCGGCAGAAAGUUGCCAAUGCUCAUGGGACUGGUGGGCAAGUUCAUUUACUCCACGAUGAUAGUGGUCAAUGCCAGGAUGCCCACGUGGCCGGUGGAGUACAUCAUCUAUACGGCCACCCUGCCAUCGGCCUUGACGGGUGCGGAUGUGGCCAUUUUUGCCUCCUGUUUCGCCUACAUCUCGGACAUUUCCACGCUGGAGCAGCGCACCAUUCGGGUGACCAUUCUGGAUGUGAUCUACCUCAGUGCCAUGCCUCUGGGCGUGGCCCUGGGAUCGCAUCUCUACUACAAUGUCUUCAAUCAGUCCUACGCGGACAUGUUCACCGUGAACGCCUCGCUUCUGGCACUGGCCAUUAUCUACACUUUGUGCGCCCUGAAGUGGCAGACGACUCCCAGACAGCGUUCGUUGAGGGAACUGGGUUGGUGUGGAUUCUGGGGUGACUACUUUGACAUGCAGCACAUGAAGGACUCGCUGACGGUGCUGGCGAAACCGCGAAAAGGCCACAGACGCAGCUUUCUCAUUAUCCUGAUGAUCAGCAUGGCCCUGUACACAUUCCAGCGGGACGAGGGGCAUUACCUGUACAUGUACACCCAGGGCAAGUUCAAAUGGGAUGUCAGUGCGUUCAGCAACUUUAAGACCUUCAAGUCGUCAGCCUACGUGAUUGCCAUGCUACUAGGGGUGCCACUAAUGAACAAGCUUCUCGGUUGGAGCGAUACGGCCAUCGUCUUUGUUGGCACCUGGGCCCAUUCGAUAGCCCGACUGUUCUUCUAUUUUGCCACCAAUACCGAUUUGCUCUACGCUGGAGCCGUGGUCUGUAGUUUGGGUCCGAUUGUGGGUCCCAUGAUCAGGGCCAUGGCCUCUAAAAUUGUACCCACAUCGGAGCGUGGAAAGGUAUUUGCCCUACUAUCUGUUUGCGAUAAUGCGGUGCCCCUUAUCAGCGGAGUUUGCUAUUCGCAAAUUUAUCUGGCCACCAUGAAUACCAAUUAUGGAGGAACUGUCUUUAUGCUAACUAUUGCCACCCAGAUAGCUGUCUUUGUACUGAUACUUUGCAUUCAUAUUAUUUUGGGCAAGAACUCACUGGCCGUUCCAGAAGUUCCAGAGAAGGAGAGCGGACUUAUAAACCAAAAGGAGGCUAUCCAGGAGACUACUUCUGAGGAGGAUAAAAGUUAGCUAGGCCUGUACAUAAUACACACUAUGAUUCCUAAAAAAGACAUGAAUUCAGGGAAGGCAGCUAUUGCAUUGGAAAUGUUUCCCAUGGAUACCAGUCCCAUAAAAGCGCCUUCAAUAAAUAUAAUAUAUUUUCCUAA